AUGGCUCCUCAUAAACGACGAGUGUCCGUGAUCAACAAGACGACCACCCAUGACGGAGAGCGAUCAAUCAUUCAGGAUGAGAAUUCGCGCAACGAUAAUCUGAAGGACAAGUUUAUUGGCGCCAUUGACCAAGGAACUACAAGCACUAGGUUUAUUGUGUUUGAUGGCACGGGUCUGCCGGUUGCUUCUUAUCAGUCUGAAUUCCGACAAAUCCAUGCUCACUCGGGAUGGCACGAACAAGACCCUCGAGAACUCGUUUCGACAGUCGAGAAAUGUAUAGAAGAAACCAUGAAAACUUUCCUGGCUCUCGGCCACUCCAAAACCGAUAUUGUGACCAUCGGCAUCACCAACCAGCGUGAGACCACAGUCGUAUGGGAUUGGGAGACCGGCGAGCCCAUACACAAUGCCAUUGCGUGGCCCGAUACCAGAACAAAGGGGAUGGUGCGAGAGUUGAGAUCCAAGGAAGGAGCCGACGAAUUGGACAAAAUUUGUGGAUUGCCCCUAUCUACCUAUCCCUCGUCUGUUACUCUCAUGUGGCUGCUUCGCCAUCGACCUAGUGUGAAGAAAGCCUACGAUGAAGGUCGUUUGGCCUUCGGAACUGUUGAUUCGUGGCUUUUGUACAAUCUCAAUGGAGGCGUCAAGAACAAAGUCUUUGUGACUGACGUGACCAAUGCCUCGCGUACCAUGUUCAUGAACUUACAUGAAUUGAAAUACGACGACAAGUUGUUGAACUUUUUCGGUUUGGACCAGAACAAACUCCGGUUACCGAAAAUCGUUCCGUCCGCAGACCCAACUGCCUUCGGCAAACUUGACGGUGGACCAUUGGCUGGUACGACCAUUACUAGCUGUCUAGGAGAUCAAUCGGCCGCUUUGGUAGGACAUUGCGCCUUUGAGCCGGGAUAUGCAAAGAACACGUAUGGAACGGGUUGUUUUUUGCUUUAUAAUGUUGGAGAAAAGCCAGUGAUCUCGAAACAUGGACUUUUAGCGACGGUAGCCUUCCAGUUGGGUGCCGAUCGAAAACCGGUGUACGCUUUAGAGGGUAGUAUUGCUGUCGCUGGUAGUGGUGUCUCGUUCUUGAUGAACAAUAUGGGCUUCUUCCGUGACUCCAAGAAAGUGAGCGAAGUCGCUGCAACGGUACCAGAUAACGGAGGUUGUGUGUUCGUGACAGCCUUUAGUGGUCUUUUUGCUCCAUACUGGAUUGAUGAUGCAAAGGGAACUAUAUUUGGUAUCACACAGCACACACAACGUGGCCAUAUCGCUCGCGCAACACUAGAAGCGGCCUGUUUCCAGACGAAAGCCAUUUUGGAUGCUAUGGCCAAGGACAGUGGUCAUCAAUUGACUGAUCUCGCGGUGGACGGAGGAAUGAGCAACUCAGAUAUUUGCAUGCAGUCUCAAGCGGAUAUCAUCCAAAUUCCCGUCGAGCGACCCUCGAUGCACGAGACGACUGCUCUCGGGGCAGCCAUCGCCGCCGGAUUCGCGAGUGGCAUUUGGUCAACAUACGAUGAACUCCGACAUAUGAACCGAGCCAACAGAAGCGUCUUCAAGCCAUACUUAUCAGCACAAGAGAGCGCAUUGAUGUACAAACAGUGGACUAAAGCGGUAGACAUGACUCGCGGUUGGCUGGACGCUAGUGAAAUUGGCCGGGAUGAGGAUGACGAGGAAGCUGAAGGCGGCGAAGAGCCACCACACGCAACGCAAGAGACAGCCGAGCCUGUUGUGCGAGUGGUGCAUAUAGAAGAACCCGAUAACAGUGCCGAUGAUGUCGCCGUUGGUUCGGAAUCCGAUUGA